CGCUGACGUCACGCUGUGUCAGGACCCCAAGAUGUCGAUGCUAGCUGAACCCCGCAGGAAGCAGAAGUGGUCCGUGGAUCCCAGGAACAGCAGCUGGAGCAACGAUGACUCCAAGUUUGGCCAGAAGAUGUUGGAGCGGAUGGGCUGGUCCAAAGGAAAGGGUUUGGGCCGGACCGAGCAGGGCUCCACCGACCACAUCAAGGUCCGAGUGAAGAACAACAGCUAUGGGCUGGGAGCCGACGCCAGCCACGAGGACAACUGGAUCGCCCACCAGGACGACUUCAACCAGCUGCUGGCUCAACUCAACAGCUGUCACAGCCAGAGCAGCAGCAGCGAACCUGCAGCAGAGGAGCAGAAAGGCUUCAGUCUGGAGGAGAAGUCCAAGACCUCCAGGAAGAGAGUCCACUACAUGAAGUUCACCAAAGGGAAGGAUCUGUCGUCUCGCAGUGAAACGGACCUGAACUGUAUCUUCGGGAAGAGAUCCAGAACUGUUAAAGCUUCAGAACAGGACGGCAGCAGCAGCGACUCUCAGACCGACAGUGACGGCGCCGCGACUCCGGCCGCGACUCCGGCCGCCUCCGAGCUCGACACCGAGUCCAUCACCAAGACGGUCACCAGCUCCCUCACCAUGCAGGAGUACUUCGCCCAGAGGAUGGCCCAGCUGAAGGCCAGAAGAGCGCCGGCUCCAUCUGAGGAACCCGAGCAGAACCACAGCAACAAGGCAGAGGAGCCCACAAAGAAGAAGAAGAGGAAGAAGAAGAAGAAGAAGGAGGAGGAGGAGGAAGCAGCAGAAGAGGAGAUUGAAGAGAAACAGGAGCCUUCGAAGAAGAAGAAGAGGAAAGUAGCAGAAAACGAAGAUGCUGAGAGUGAGAGCUGCAGCGCCUCCUGUGGUGCGGAGGUGAACUGCAACGAGCUGCCUGCUGCCGAGAAGAAGAAGAAGAAGAAGAAAAAGUCUAAAAAACAGAACAAGGAGCUGCUGGACGAACAUGAAGCAGCUGAGAGUCCGACUGUAGAGCCAGAAGGAGGACGGAAGAAGAAGAAGAAGCUCAGUGAGGGAAGAGACGACGAGAAUAAAUCCAAGAAGAACAAGAAUAAGCAUCUAGAGUAGGAGGAGAACUGUGUGAUUGACCUGGAGGAGGUUUUUAUGAAGAAAAGAACUGCACCAGUCAGUGACUCACAUUCACAGCUUCCUUCUGAUCCAGCAUCACGGCAGGAAGUUCAUCGGCUGUCAGAGGAAACGUGUUAAAUCCCUGAAAGGUUCCUUCACAGGUUGAGUUUAGAGCAAAUUCAGCUGAACUGGAAUCAAACCGACUGUUCAGCCGAUGAAACGUUGAUGAAAGCAGCUGAUGUUCCUCCCGUCGGCUCAACGUGAUUCCUCAGACCUGUUCAACAGCUGAUGGAUCCGUCACCAUUAAAUUAAUCUCCAACGAUUUUAAUAUCCAUCAUUUAGUUUGAGUAUUUUUUUAAAGGAAGGAGUUCUGUGGUUCCAGCUCCUUCAGUGAGUGUGUUCUGGGUUCUUUCCUCUGUGACAGUAAACUGAACAUCUUUGGACUCAACGAGACAUUUGAGGAAACUCUGAUCCACAUUUUUUACUAUUUCUGAUCUAUGUCGACAAAAAGCUGAAAAACUUUGACAUGUUGACCUGAAUCCAAGCCUUUAAAUAAACCAGCUGCAUGUUU